CCCCUCUCUUGCCUGUUCGUCUCCUCACGCCAGCCCCACUGCCGAACAAGCAGCACCGCCCCUACCCCAACCUCCAUCUCACAGCACUCACCAUGACCGUCACCGUCAACCACGUCGCCCCCGCCCCCGUCGCCACCGCGGCACCCGUCAAGGCUGUCGUCCUGGCCGCCGACGCGCCCGUCGCCUACGACAAGCCCUACAACAACGAGACGUACAAGGCCACCCACCCCGGCCGCUUCCAUGUCGUCUUUGACCAGUCGGCCGGUGCCGGCGAGAGCUACUCGAGCAAGCUGGUCGCCGACCGUGACUACGCCCCCGGCGAGACCCUCGCACUCCUCGACAACAAGUCGGCUGCGCCAGUCAAGGCCUACUCGUCAGUGCAGUACGGUGCCGGCCCCCGCGACCACCUCGAGCUCAACUCGGACCUCUUGUUCAUGAACCACUCGUGCGCACCAACCGUCGAAGUGUCGCUCCCGGCGCGCCAGCCCGAGCGCUGGGAAGCCCGCGUUGGCCCCGCCGGAGUCAAGAAGGGCGGCGACCUUACCUUCUUCUACCCCAGCACCGAGUGGGACAUGGCACAGGGCUUUACUUGCUCGUGUGGUGCCAAGAACUGCCUCGGCAAGAUCAACGGCGCAAAGUACCUCACCCUCGAGCAGCUCGAGGAGCGCGGCCUCGUCAACGAGCACAUUCGCGCGCUCAAGGCCGGGCAAUAAGCGGUGCGGUGCACGCACGGCUGGGCGGCUGUCGUGGGCCGGUGUGCUGUGCCGUGCCCACGUCGUCGUCUCCGUCGGCGGUGGCCACGGCAUGACACAAGGCUCGUUGUCAUUCACGCGCACGAACCUGCCUGUUACUCCCGGCCCUGACUAGAUGGCAAUACACAAUCUAUCUGCCUCGAUCUUUUUUUUUUUUGGUAUUAUGGCCCGAAUUUCCUGUAAUUUUAUUAAAAAUCAAUGACAGCAGCCGGCAUCGUAAGCAGCAGUAGUAGACCCAUGCAUGGAAAUGUACAUA